CCCGUUUUGAACUAGAUUCAAGCGAAUUUCGACAGUUAAAAUUUAUUAUGAAAAUCAUACAAAUGUGUAGAGUAGAAAAACUAAUCAUGAAGUACAUAUUUGUUAUCAUCUGUGCAGUGGUGUUUCAUGAUGAUCUUGGAGUGAACAGCCAAAAAUUCUUUCCGAAUUUACCGGUAGGUGACUUUAGAAUAGAGUAUAAAGCUUUUAUAAGAUGUCAAAUAAAAACAAAUAAUGAUAUAAGACUAAACCUUUAUCUGAGUAAGAAAUCUGCAAAUACUACUGAAAUUAGAGGAAACGUAACAAUCGGCAAGCCAAUUGAUGAUUCAUGGACCGCAAAUGCAAUUUUUGCUAUAAAAGACUCAAUUGGAGGUUGGAAAGACAAUGCUCAUAUUUUCAAAUUUGAAAAAGCCUGCACAACAAUAAAAAAUUUUUUGGGGAAAGAGUGGAAAUUAGCUUUGAAUUCAUUUGGAGCUGAAAACACGAACUGUCCAUUGCUUCCGGGAGUCUACGUCGGAAAAGGAAAAUACGAAUUGACAAAUUUUAUAUCGAAUUCGAAUUUUCCUAAAAUAUUCUUUUAUGGAACGUACAAAGUUCGAUUUUUUUUGACGGACAAAAACAAUAUUGAGCAUGGUUGUGGAUCUGUAGUAGUAGAGGUAAAACGGCCUUGGGAAACCGAUUAAACUAUUCAACAAAAAAUCGAUGUCCUUAUAGAGAAAAAUCAUCCAAAGCCCGUAACAAUGUUUAGUACUCAAUCGUUAAAAUCAGUUUUACUAUACGGCGCAUGUUUUUUUUUUUUUUUUUAGUUUAGAGAAAACUUAUUUUAUAGCUCAUC